ACUUCCCACCCUCAAAUAUGUAUAUAUAAGCCUAAUCUCACUCUUCAAUUCCAUAUCUCAAUCUUCUUCAGACAUCCUAGCUACUACUCCACUCUUCAAAUCGAUACGAAUCUGUUUAGAGGUCUAGGGUUCAAUUCGUCCAAGAAAAAAAAAUACUGUUUCAACUAGUCAAAGCCUUUGAAAUUAAUGGCACUCGAAGCUCUGAGUUCCCCCACAGGAGUUACUGCACUGUCGAAGUCAGCAUUUGACUUCGACAGCGCAUCAACCCUGCCCUGGAGCAAGGGAAAGCGCUCUAAGCGCCCCCGCACCGAGGAGGAGUACCUGGCUCUCUGCCUCGUCAUGCUCGCUCGCGGCGGCCCCACCUCCACCUCAGCGAAAGCGCCCGGUGCGGAUCCUUCCAAGCUCGUGCAUAAGUGCUCUGUCUGCGACAAGGCUUUCGGGUCCUACCAGGCCUUGGGAGGCCACAAGGCCAGCCACCGCAAGCUCAGCACCGAUCACGCCGCCGCCGCGGCCGGCACGGCCGCGGCGGCGAGCGGCGGAGGGAGGAUGCAUGAGUGCUCCAUAUGCCACAAGAGCUUUCCCACGGGGCAGGCCUUGGGAGGCCACAAGCGGCGCCACUACGACGGCGGGAGCAGCGGCGUGACGACGACGUCGGACGGGGCGGGGUCCACGGGAUCGGUCCGGAACUUCGACUUGAACCUGCCGGCUAAGCCGGAAUUUUGGGUCGACGAUGAAGUUGAAAGUCCACACCCUUUGAAGAAGUCGCGCCUUGGAAAUUUUCUCAAUAUUUAGUUUUAGGAUUUUAUUUUGGAAUUUUUAAAUUGGUGUACAUAUGAAGAAUGAUUAAUUCAUUGAUUUAUUUAUUUACUGAA